AUGGCAAAGACACUUAACAAGCUGACGCAGUCUGCAAGCAGGAGACGGCUCAAACCAUCCUCCUCGCCACCCCUCAGCCCUCCCGCGCCCGCAGCAGACCCCCCCCCCCCCCAGGUGCCCGAGACCCUCGCCACUGCGCGGGUCCCCGCGCCCCCGCCGGCUCGCGGCCAAGCGAGCCCCGAGAGAACCGGGUUGGGGGCGGGGGAUGACGGCGGCGAGAGCCCCGGCGGGGCGGGGCGGGCCCGCACGUCCCGGCCGGGCUGCGGCGGUGCGAGCCGGGCCAGCGCUGCAGAAGGCGGCGGCUGGCUCGCCGGGACGGUCACAUCCCGCUGCAGGGGCUGGCGGGGGCAGCCGCACUGCCUCGCGCCCGGGGGACCCAGGCCCGCGGCCAGGCCGCUCCGGCAACGCCCCCUGCUCCCUGGCAGGCUGAGCUUGAGGUGGGGGGGGGGGGCUCCCCAGACCCGCGCCCGUGCCCCCUCCGCAGCUCGGCCCCGCGCUGCCCGCCUCGCCGGGCCGGCGCCGGGAUGGGGUAGGGGCAGCGCCAGAGUCGGGCGAUGGGCCCCGCUCUGGGCACGGAGCAGCCCCCCGAGGCCUGACCGACCGCGAGGACCCGCGGAGGACCCCGCCUGGAAUGUCAAGCGGAUACCCCCGUGCCCCGCAGCGGACGCGGUGGGGACCAUGGCUUCGCUGAUGCCCCUCUCCCCAUAUCUAAGCCCCACGGUCCUCUUGCUGGUCAGCUGCGACCUGGGCUUUGUGAGAGCGGAUCGGCCGCCCUCUCCUGUGAAUGUGACUGUCACUCACCUCAGAGCCAACUCAGCCACCGUGUCCUGGGACGUCCCAGAAGGCAACAUCGUCAUUGGCUACUCCAUUUCCCAGCAACGGCAGAACGGCCCCGGGCAGCGUGUGAUCAGAGAGGUGAACACGACCACGCGGGCUUGUGCGCUCUGGGGCCUGGCUGAGGACAGCGACUACACGGUGCAGGUCAGGAGCAUCGGCCUCCGAGGAGAGAGCCCUCCAGGGCCCCGGGUGCACUUCCGAACUCUCAAGGGUUCUGACCGACUACCCUCCAACAGCUCCAGCCCAGGUGACAUCACAGUGGAGGGCCUGGAUGGAGAGCGGCCGCUGCAGACGGGGGAGGUGGUCAUCAUCGUGGUGGUGUUGCUCAUGUGGGCUGCUGUAAUUGGGCUGUUCUGCCGUCAGUAUGACAUCAUCAAAGACAACGACUCCAACAACAACCCCAAGGAGAAGGGGAAGGGGCCAGAACAGAGUCCUCAGGGAAGGCCAGCGGGGACAAGACAGAAAAAGUCACCAUCCAUCAACACCAUCGACGUUUGAGUGACGAAACAGAACCCGAAGACCACUGCGCUAAGGACCUGGGGCUAGGGCUGGGGUCAGGGACAGCCUACGAUGGUGAUCUGCCCGAGUCUCCCAGAGGGUGAUGGCACUCCCACACUCUCAGGCUGGUACCCAUCCUCUUUCCACUGUGAGCAGGGCCAGAAGGUAGGUCUGUUAGAGUCUGCACCCCUGGACAUGGAGAGCGGCUACGAGAUGGGAUAGCUCCUCCCAUCCCGCAGGCCCAGGGGAGAGUGACCUGU